AUGAACAUCCUGCGUCCAGAAAAUAAUAUGAAGCCAGGCUCGGACAUAGUGUGUCGUGAGGGCUUCGUGGGUAAGCUCUUGGCUCAGCUGAUUCACGAUGUAGAUGACCGCUCUGAGCUUCGCGUGAUUUCCGUGCUGGGCGAGAGAGCCAUUGACAAGACAGCCCUGGUGAGGAGUGUCUAUGACCGGCUAGACAUCAAGCGCCAUUUCGAGUGCCGCGCUUGGGUCCGCGUUUUGCCGGGUUCAGGCCUGGAGUAUAUCCUGCUGGAUGUGCUGAGACAGACAACCAUGCGAGAACUGAAAGAUGUCGAUCGCCCGCCAGAACAGCACUUGUCUGAGAUGCUUAAGAAGACCUUAAUGGAGCAGAGAUAUCUGGUUGUGCUGGAUAAUCUACAGAGUGUUGAUCUCAUGACGAAGCUCCUGAUUUCAUUAGACUCAAAGAACGGAAGCAGGGUAGUCAUUACUACUCGCAAUGAGAAUAUGUCCUUGUAUUUGGGCCCUCCACACUACGAUCCUGUCGAGUUAUGCCGGUUAAGCGAGGAAGAAAGCCACAGGUUGUUGAUAGGAAGUGGCUGGACCGAUGACCGGGAACUUACAGGGGCAAUUUUGGGUAAAUGCAAAGGUUAUCCUCCAGUGAUUCGGCUGCUAGGAGGACUUCUGCCUACUGUCGAAAAGGAUCGUCGCUCUACUUUAGCUGAUCGGGUUCCAAAUUAUUGUACUCUCGGAGAAAUCAUCUCUCUAAGUUAUGAUCCCCUCCCAGACAGGUUAAGGCACUGUCUUCUCUACUUGGCUCUCUUCCCUAGGGAGUUUGGGAUCCCUGUAAGGAGGCUCUUCAACAUACGGCUCGCUGAUGGACUGUUAUCGUCUAAGGGACAAGUACCUGAACACUCCACGAAGGAAUGCCUUGAUGCAUUGGUUGCCAGGAAUUUGAUUCAUGUGGUGACAUGGAAACUCGACGGAAGCAUCAGAACGUGCCUCAUGCCUGGUUAUCUACAUGAUUUCAUGUCUGAGAUGGUUAUGGAUGUAGGAACUUGGGAAGUUCGGCUACGCAUAAUUAAAGUACAUGGUUUCAAGGAGUUGAACAUUACAAGGACUCACAUGUUUACUUCAAAAUGGGGUUGCAGCUUUAAGGGGUCCAAUGUGAGCACACAAGGACUCACAUGUUUCCUUCAGAAUGGGGUUGCAGCUUUAAGGGGUCCAAUGUGA